UCCGAAUCCAGCCCCCGCUCCUCCACCGACUCCGCUGCAGACGAAGGCCUACCCCUCUAUACCUCUCUCGACGUCACCACACCAGACACUUUGACCGCACCCUCCGAAAAAGCGACUCCAGAUGAAGUUCGCGAAUUCCUCGUUGCACUACUCAUCAAAAACAGAGGGUUAAAUCAAGACCAUGCAAGAAGAGUGGCUUCGAAAUGGACAUUGGGCACUGGAAGAGAGUUGAUCAGCUAUCCGCCGCUGCUGUAUGCGGAGAUUUUCGGUUUGGAAGAUGCGUGGAUGGUGUAUAAAGAAGCCAAGGUGUUUGUCAAGACUGAAGAGAGA